AUGUCUCAACCACUAUUUUUAGAUGUUAUUGAUGAAAGAUUAAUAGAAAGGUAUUCCGAUCCAAUUGAAAUUGAUGAUCAAGCUGAAUUUGAUUCAAUAGAAUUGGAUGGUAUAGAAUCAGAAGUUGAAGAUAAUUCAUCAUCAUUAAAUGAAACAAGAUCAAACAUGGAAGAAGUUAUUAACGAACCAAGAUCAAUUUCAAGUCGAAUAUUACAAAAUAGAGAAGAGGUCAUUCAUAGACUUGAUUCUGAUGAUGUUGGAAGAUUAUCUAGCGAUAGAGAUGGUAAUUAUAAUUUAGAAGAUGAAAUAAGAAGUGACGAAGAUGAAAUUUUGAAUGAUGAGCAAAUAGUAACUAAUACAACAAAUGAUAAUACAACAACGGCAUUAGAUAUUGAAGAUACUGAUGAAGCUGAUGAAGAAGCUCAAUUACGAGAAUUAUAUACUUAUAGGUAUACAGAACAGGAAUUAUUGGAUAGAGGUUACAAGCACCUCUUCUACUUAGGCUUUUCAAAUCACGGUGAAGAUUUAAAUACAGGUGCUUAUUCUAAUGAAGAAAUAAAAGCUAUUAAGGAAAAAGUUUUAAAUUCUAAGAUUUCAAAUACUUUGUGGUUAAACUUAGCUGCAGCAUUAUCCAGAAACCCAGAAUCAAUAAAAGAUUGUUAUAGAAAGAAAGUAAGACCAGCGCUUACUGUUGAAGAAAUGACAAGAAUCAGAAGAGCAGAUGAUGUACGUCAACCUAUUUCCAUUGCUGAAACUAUUGAAGAUUUGAGGGUUGCCAUCACCUAUUGUUAUAAUAUGAAUUUAAGUUAUCCACCACACAAUUUAACACAAAAUUAUUAUUAUGCAGCAGGUCUGGGUUCAGACCCCAAUAGUUUUUAUAAAGUUAUGGCCAAACAAAGAGAAGUUGAAAAAAAUGCAACUGUCAAAGAUGCAUUAGACUUCUUAAAACAAACAGCUGAUAGUUCUGAAAUAAAUUUAAAUUCAUCAUCUUUGUCACCAUCAUUAUAA